AUGGCAUCCGUUGCAUCGAACUGGGUUUCACCGCCGACGAGGACACCGCUCAUUGAGAACCUGGUGUCUGGCGUGGAUCGAUACAACCCAAGCAAUGUGGGCAUCCUUGAGGAUUACCUGUAUCACCAGACCCGGAGCCAGGAGUAUGAUUGUCUGGCUAAUUUGGCCAUUCUGAAACUAUAUCAAUUCAACCCCGACCUGUACAAUCCCGAUGUUGUGAUCAACAUCCUGAUCAAAGCCCUCACCUCCGCUCCUUUCCCCGACUUUAAUCUUUGCAUUUCUCUCCUCGAUGAUCGUGCAGCGAACACUAAUCCGGACGAGCCCGAUCCACUACCAUCCCUACUUCCUACCUUGACAAUGCUUUACAAUCUCCUGCAGCAAUGUCGCUUCCCCGCGUUUUGGGCAUUGUAUCGCUCUGAUGAGGUUGAGUCGCUCAGAGACAAUUACACAGUGGAGUGUGCAGGUUUUGAGGACGCUGUGCGGGAUGUCGUGAUUCGUGCCGUAAAAGCUGCUUUCACGCGAAUAGGUCGUGAAAGGCUCGGUACAUAUCUGGAUCUCACAGGGUCCGAUUUGGAUAUACACGUCGCAAAGCUUGGCUGGUCUAUCGAUUCCUCGACAGGAGUCGUCACAGUUCCACCUAACCCGGACAACCGCAUCGAGUCUACAGUUGUCCAAGAAAAUAUCCAGUUACCGCAGUUGACGAAGGUUAUUACACACGCUUCGCAGACUGCAUAG